AUGCAGAAAUUGAAUCAAAAGGGUACAAAAUAUGAUGGCUUGAUAUUCUCUAUGAUUGCAUUGAUUGCAUCUUCUAUACUCCUUGGUAUCGUUUCUGCGUCUUCUGAAGUGCAGAGCGCAUGUUCGUCGAGGCGGUUGAUAAAUAACGUACCGGCAAUCUUCGUCGUCGGCAGCGUCAAUUUCGAUGUUACGGUGCACACAGAACUUCCUAAAUCUGAGGAAACUAUGCGAGCGUACAAUUCAAACAUCCAUCGAGCGCUCGGUGGGAAAGGCGCAAAUCAAGCAGUCGGCGCGAAGAUGAGUUUGCUGCGUCCUCAAGAUUCCGUCGUUUACUUUGUAGGUAAGUUUGGAGAUGAUGAAGAGGGAAAAUGGUUGUUUAAUACGCUCUCUGAAGAGUAUUCCGUCAAUUUGAAACACUCUGAAUCUAUCCGUAACGUUUCUAGUGGAACUGGUUUUGUUUUAUUAUCGAAGGAGGGCGUCGCGUCUUCCGUCGUUGUCCCUGGCGCAAAUGCCGAAUGGGAGGCGAAAAGCGCUCUGCCAAACUUCUUCGCGGACGUCUUCUCAUCAUCAGAUAUCUCGACUGAAGAUCGCACGUGCUUAGCAAAUGAUGAAAGAGAGUAUGGUGACUCUAUUUCUUCCACAAAAACUGUUCUUUUACUACAACGUGAGAUUCCAGAUGCCGUGAGUGAAGCAGCGAGUAAGGUUUUCAAAGAAAAAGGGGAUUUGAAUCCUCGUAUCGUGCUUUUGGAUCUCGGCGGCUCUCAGUCUCGCGUCUCAGAUGCGCUCUUCCAAAGCGUAGACAUUAUUUCUCCAAACUUGAGCGAGCUUGAAACUCUAGUCGCAACAUCGAUUCCGGAUUAUGGUGUAAACAUAUAUAAUUUCGAGAACGAUGACGACGCGAUUCGAGCAGCCAAAGGCGUAUUGAAAUCUAGAGGCAAUGGUAAGCAAGCACUUCUAGUUACUUUGGGUCACAGAGGAUCGUUUUACGUCACAGAUAAAGAUGAAGAGUUUGUAUUUGUAAAACCGCUAGCGUCGUUGGAUCCAGAACUUGUCGUCGAUUGUACUGCAGCCGGCUACUCGUUCCGUAGCUCGUUUGCCGUUGCAGUUGCGGAAGGAAAUACGAUAACGCGCUCAAUGGAGAUUGCUUCCGCGAGUGGUGCGUUAGCAGUUCAAAAGAUGGGUGCAGCACCUUCAUUGCCAAAUAGAGCUAGUAUUGAAGAAUUUUUAGAGAAGAACGGCCGCCUGAGAACGAAAGUAUCAUCUCCUCUUGGAGAUAGUUUUAGCAACCCGAAAAUAGAUACGAUAGAUAGGUUUGUGUGCCGAUUAAACUCGAUGAAAGAGAGGAAGGAUUUAGUUCCAAAAGUCACGAAAUUCGAAACAAAGGCGCUUUUAGAACGGUACGCGACAAUAGAAGGUGUUUCGUUGGUCGAAUUGAAUUUCCCAGAGCACGUCACCAAAAGUUCUCUUAAGAAUAUUGCGAAAAUCGUCGAGCGUUUACAUUUGAAGGUUUCGGGAUUGAACGUGCGCUUCCCGAAAGAGCUUUUCAGAAACGGUGCGUUCACCAACCCAAGCGAAGAAGUUCGUAAGAAAGCCGUUCAGUUCUUGAAAGAUGCGUGCGAAGUUGCUUUGUUAUUGGGAGAUAAAGUUCAACGCGUGGUUGAUGGGCAAGUUGAUUUUUCCGAGUCGUGGAUGCAUUUGGUGAGCGGGUACACGGCAGCUGUUGGUGAUUCGAAGACUUGCGCAAAGAUUAGAAAGAUAUCGUACGAGUUCAAACCGACGGAUGCACUCAUCGAUGAAGUAAAUUUGCCCAACUUUGGCUUGACGCUCGAUUAUGCGCACGUUUUAACCGCCGCAGAGAAUCCCUCGCAAUCUGCAACCAUGGCUUUUAUGAAAGGAGAAAAAUUGUUUGGUGUGCACUUGAACGAUGCCGUGCAAUCAAAACUAGGCGCAGAAGACGGGCUAUCGUUUGGAAGCGUAAAUCCUCGCGGCGCGUAUGAGUUCAUUCGAGUUUUGAGAAAAUUCAAUUACGAUGGUGUUAUUUACUUCGACACGUUCCCGAUGAACGAAGAUCCGGUUCAAGAGUGCGAGAGAAACAUCAAGGUUGUCAAGAAUUACUGGAAGAUGGCAGAAAAGGACUUAGGAAACGUUAUGCUCAACGAAGCAAGGAGAGAGCAUGACUUUUUAAAAAUCGAAGAUUUAAGUAUGUAG